GCACGGAGAGCGGUCGCACGGAGGGCGCCCCGUGCGACCGCCCUCCCUGUCGAUUCUCACGAUUGCUCCCUUACGAGGCAAACCAGUCGCAACACUUGGCGGUGCGGCAGCGCGCGGAGACCGGGCAGAACCGACGGGACGGGGCCAAAGGGGCGCGUUGUGAAAACAAAUAUAUAAAUCGCCAGCUCUCUGCCACAACCGUGGUGCUCAAUAAACAGACAUGACCGCAUCGCAGACGUAGCUUCGUAUCAUGGACUUUCCCACCGAGGCCGGCACGUCACUGACCCGCGUCGACGCCGACGACGCCUCGACGACGCCCGAGCUGCUCCUCUCCAUACUCGAGCGCGACGGCGCCGUCAUCGUGCGCAACCUGGCAUCCGAGGACCUCUGCCGACGCAUGCGGGCGGACCUCAAGCCUAGCUUCGACAGCGACAGGGUCGACGAGUCGGGCUUCUUCCCCUCGACGACCAAGCGCGCCCACGGGGUGCUCCGAUACUCGGACGCGACCGCCGAGCAUCUCGUCAACCCCCUCUUCCUCGACACAGCCAACGCGCUGCUCAGCUCGCACUACACAUACUGGGAGGGCCAGAAGCGCCUCUCGGUCGUGGGCAAGCCGCAGAUCGCGAGCAUCGUGGGCUUCCGCGUCGAGCCCGGCGGCAAGCAGCAGGCCCUACACCGCGACGACGCCGACUACCACACGCGCAACUGCGACUUCCCCGUCAUGCUGGGCUGCGUCACCGCCCUGACCAAGACGACCAAGGAGAACGGCGCGACCAUUGUCAUCCCCAAGAGCCACAAGUGGGGUCCGGACCGGUGCCCCCACGACCACGAAGCAAUGCCGGCGGAACUCGGCGUCGGCGACGCCGCCAUCUUCGUAGGAAACGUCUACCACGCGGGGGGCGCCAACGUGACCAAAGACGAGGCGCGUGAGACGAUCGGCGUGUUCCUAUGCAAGGGCACGCUCCGGCAGGAGGAGAAUUCGUACCUCGAAAUUCCGCCCGAGGUGGCCAAGGAGCGCGGCUUCUCGCCCCAGGUGCUGCGGCUGCUGGGCUACGGCAUGUGCCAGCCCGCACUCGGCUUCUACAAGUAUCAGGACCCCAUGAAGGUCAUCUUUGGCAUCAACGAUGGCGAGACGGUGCAGAAGUAGGCCCGGAGGGUGGCGGGGGGUGCAUCGUGUCCGUUCACAGCGGGAGGAUGCGGAAUCCGUUUUGCUGCAGGUCCCGGCCGAGAGGCUGCCAGUCGGUGUGCUCGCUCUCCCAAAAGAUGCGGAGAAACUUGAGCACGUCGCGGAAGUGGCUGAAGCUGGU